AUGAUUGGCCCCCUCGAUACUAGUCUCCCCUACUUCCUCUCUCCGCUAUCUUCCAUCCCCAAUGCCCACUUCACAUCCCCCCUCUCUAGCUACUGGAUCGACCGCAAGCGCAGCACAGCCACGGAGGUCCUCACCAUCUACGCCCUGCACCAAAAGCAUGGCCCCAUCGUCCGUCUCGGCCCCAAGGAGCUGAGCGUCAAUUCUCUCCAUGGUCUGAGAAUAAUAUAUACGGGCGCUUUCGAGAAACACGCCUUCUACAACGAUGUCUUCGUCAACUUCAACACCGAAAACUUGGUCGGCAUGGUACACAAUGCGCCGCACGCGCACCAGAAGCGCAUGUUGAGCAAGAUCUACUCCAAGUCGUUUCUCCAGGAAUCCAGUGAUCUGCACACGAUCUCGAAGGUUGUGCUGUGGGAGCGGUUAAUGCCUAUUCUCAAGAAGGCGGGGGAGGGUGGAGAGGUUUUGAAUGUGCUGCCACUAUUUCAGGCGGUUGGGAUGGACUUUACCUCCUCUUUCUUGUUUGGGUUGAGACAAGGAACGAGGUAUUUGUUUAAUAUUUCCGACUGGAAGAUAUGGUUAGAGGAGUAUGAGCGAUUCAAGUAUUUGAGUCGGGACGACCGGUAUAUGGGGUUUAUUGAGAGGUGGUGCUUGGAGCUAUGCGAGCGGAUAGAGGCGUCUAAGAAACAGGACAUCUUCAGAGAUGAGAAGAAGCUGCCAGCCACGAACCCAGUCGUCUACGACCAGCUGCACCAGAGCCUCCUCUCCCAGAAAGAAUACGAUCCGCGUCCGCUGAACCUAGCAAUUGCGUCCGAACUGCUGGACCACCUGGUUGCAGGCCACGAAACGUCAGGCAUCACCUCCACAUACAUGAUGUGGGAGCUGUCGCAACGUCCGGAGCUUCAGGCCGAGCUCCGAAAGGAACUACGCACCUUAUCUCCGUCCCUCAGAUACCCAGAUACAGACGGAGAGAAGCCCCUUCCCCCUGCUUCCGCGGUCGACGCCCUGCCCCUGCUGGAUGCUAUAAUCCGCGAGACACUCCGUCUUCACUCCCCAGCCCCAGCCCAGCUCCCCCGCGUCACCCCCACCACAGAAAAAGGAACUUCCUUGCACGGGUACGACAACAUCCCGGGCGGCGUGAGGGUCAGUUCAACCGCCUACUCCCUCCACCGCAUCAGUGAGGUCUACCCGCGCCCGCUGGAAUGGCUGCCACGACGAUGGCUCGAGCCAGGCGACAAGAUCCACGACAUGAGGCGGCUGUUCUGGCCGUUCGGGAGCGGUGGACGCAUGUGCCUGGGGAGUAAUUUUGCAUUGCAAGAAAUCAAAUUGGUCAUGGCGGCUGUGUAUUCAAAUUACACGACAUCUAUUGUAGACGAUGAAGGUAUUGAGCAGGACUACGCGUUUAUUUCGCUGCCGCGCGGGCGGAAGCUGAUGUUGAGGUUUAUCCCGGUCGAUGAAUGA